AUUUUGAGCACAAUAUUUAAGGGAUUUGGAUACUUGGUCAUUACUCAAGGUCACCAGGUGGUGUUGGUUUAGCUUGUUUGCUUAUUGUUCUUGCCUUUUCACGUAAGACCUCUUAGAAACUCUUGGUUUACUUACAUUAUAGCAUCAGAUUUGAGUGCUUAAUCAAAAUUAAACAGGUCAAUGCACUGAUUUAGAGCGCUGUUUUGUAUAGCUAUACAAAGCUAGCUUAAGCUUGAGCGGCACUUGUCGCUUAGUCUACUGGUUUUCUUUAUAUUUUGUAUGCCCAAAAGAUUGAAUGGUGGUUUUCUUAUGUACUGAAAUACUGGGGUUAGUAUACUUGGGCUAGGAGUGUUUCGAUCGAGAGUCAGACUUUGAGAUUUUGAGGGUUAGUAGCUAGUCAUUAAAAGAUGUUGGACUAACUAAUAAUAUAUUUACUAAAAAAAAAUUUAAUAAUUUUCAUCCUAAGCAACUGGUAUUUAGCUUUAAAUUAGUUUAUUGAUGUUUUUCGAAGUCCUAAUCAUCUAUGAUCUCAUUUAACUAUAAUUUAGAGCGCUUACUAAAAAGUUGCAUUCCGGUUGCUGAUUUUUGAUUAUUUAAUCCCUAAGUAACUAUUAAAUUCGCUCAAGGUUGUCACUAUAGUAUUAAUAAUGUACCUUAUAGAGAAUCUAGAUUGACACUGAUAACUCACUGACUUAUUGUUGUCAAAAUAGAACCAUAGAUUCGUGUGGGAAAUUAGGAUUAGGACCAAAAGUUAGGAGUAAAACUUUAUAAAUUGCAUUUCAUAACUCUUAGUCUUGCGUCUCGAAUAUUCGAACAGAAGGACGACACAUUGAUUCUAGUAAUCUGAACUAGGUAUAUGAGGUGUGGAAUUUAAUGUCCGACUCUUGUCGUUCAUGGCUGCUAUCUUUUGCUUUUAUUGCCAUUUAAUAUUUAGAAAAUCAAUGUCAUCGUCUCAAAAUGCAUCACAAAGUGUUGAACUUGUGUCUGCUGAUUGUGGUUCUGAGGUCAAUACUUACUAUGACUACUUAUAGUUGAUAACUUCCAUGCUAUGCGUAGAAAUGUGAAUUGCCACACUAUAUUUGCUUUAUGACGUUUUCUAGAGUCUACCUACGGCUAUCGAUUCUAGUCAAUCAUUAAAUUUUAAUCUUCCCGCAAUUCUACCUCUAAAUUUAUAUUGUGUGUAUUUCUCCAUACCUUAAGUUCGUCUUCAAACAGCGGGAUACAUGGCUAUACCACUCAAGGUAGGUCAUUUACAUAAAUGAAAAUAAAGAGCGGGCCCAGAAUUUUCAUCUACAGAUCACAUAAGGAUGAAGUGUCACUCGCUCUAAUUCUUUACCUCCUGUCAUGAAGUCUAACCCAUUGUUCGACUGUAUAAUUGUUCGUUUAACUUUCUUCUACCUAAGUCCCGUAUGAUAAACCGUUAUUGAGGUCAGUAGUUAAUACACUUACCUCAGUAUUUUUAUCUUUAGGUUGGGACUAGUCUUCUGUCCCACUAAGGUUAGUUAUGAAUGUACAAUCUGCUAAAAUGAAAAUGUUUUUCCCUGGCGAAAAUUCGCUCCCUUCAUACAAUGCUAAAUAUCAGGAUAAAUCAUCUCCAUCAGUUUAAACUGGUAAGAUUAAUCCCAGUCUAAACUGGCCUAGUUACAUCUUGAAUGGCAAUGUCAGCGGUGUGCGGUCAUAUCACCUAGAAAUCCUUUUAUUUAAGAGUUUAUACCGUCAGAACCAGUAAAAUUGUUUGGUCUGAAGUGUUGAAUUGGUUGUAUGACAACCCUUUACUCAAAGUACGUGAGAUCGAUCAUCCAGUCCCAGUUUACUGGUUCAUCUACAGCCAUCCAAUUAUCCUCUCUCCCAAUGACAACUCCGAUGUCACACAAAUGUCAGUUUUAGUCUGCUUCCAUGCACUAACUGACAGUAGUUUUAUUUACUCUUUCAACCGUAGAAUCAUCUAAAGGAGUCUAUGUGAUUGAGGAAUAGUAUUAUCACCUCUUGCUGAUCCUAAUUAUUUAGUAUAUACCCUUGAAGUAUUACUCCGCAAAACGUUUUGGAUAAUAAUCUUGGUAAAUUAAGUUGUACUAGUUUUGAGGUUAGGUUUUUCCGACUACUUCAAGUUGGUCAUAAUAAUAUUGCACUUUCAGAUUUCAUAAGUUUGUGUUCAUAGUAUGUAAACAGGCAAUAAAUUCAUCAUUUAAACCACCUGGUUCAUAAAAUAUAACUCCAUCCAAAUUAGAAUCCUUUUAUCAUUUCCUUCCAGAAAUUUUCAGCUUUAUGGGUUUUCUGAUGAAUUUUCAUCAUAUAUAUGAAUUAUGAUAUUUUGGGUUAUCAUGGACUUGUGUUCAUGUCAUAUUAGUAACUAUUCAUCUGGUCACUCUGUGUUGCAAGAACAGUUUUCAUUAAAUCAAAUACCAUCAGUUGGCGGGAUAUGAAGUUCAAUAUUUGUUUUGUUUUGGGUGGACCGGGUGCUGGGAAAGGUACAGUAUGCGAGCAAAUUGUGAAGGAAUAUGGAUUUGUACAUUUAUCUGCUGGUGAAUUACUUCGACAAGCUCGUGAUUCACCAGGUUCUGAAUUUGCUAGUGAAAUACAAGAACACAUGAAAAAUGGGACAAUCGUACCGGCUGAAAUUACCUGUGGCUUAUUAUAUCAAGCAAUGCAAAAAAAUUCUGAAAAUGCUAAUUGUACAAAUUUUCUUGUGGAUGGUUUUCCACGUAAUGCUGAAAAUCGUUUGUGUUGGGAAAAAGAUUUAGGUCCUCAUACGAUAUUAAAAAAUGUCAUUGUUUUAGAUUGUCCAGACGAUGUAUGUAUCCAACGUUGCCUUGGACGAAAGUCGAAUCGAGUGGAUGAUAAUGAAGAAACAUUAAAGCAUCGUAUAAAACAAUUCAAAGAACAAUGUAUGCCGAUUAUUCAGUUCUAUGAGGCACAAAAUUUGGUGACCAGAAUUAAUGCAAAUAAGUCUAUACCUGAGGUAUAUGAACAGGUUAGACAAAUGAUGAAAACCUUGAAUAUCGUCAGUUGCAAGUGAAGAACAGAAAAAGCCGUUAAUUCAACUUCCGUAUUUGUAUUUUACAAAUUAAUCUUAGUUAUAUUUGUUAUGACUUAUUUCUCUUUCUCCUUUAUUCAAAAAAUGACAAUGUUGUUGCAUAAUGAUCAUUAUUUUAUAGUUGAUUCAAUAUAAACAAACACAUCAUGCACUGAUUGUUUCUUAUUAUUGACUCUUAGAAAAUCAUAUAAGUCAAGAUUAUUUUUCAUUGGGAAAAAAUUAGUUAAUUAGCAGAACUAUUCAAAAAUGAAGUAUCGGUGUAAAAUUAAAACUAUUAAUUCAAAAUAAUUCUAUUUGAAUACAAAGAAAUGAUUCAACUUUGAUGAUACUUUGUCAGUUAAAACAAAAUUUAUUAUUAUUUUUGUUUUGCAGAAAGAGAUGCGAUUUCCUUGUCUCUAUAUUCUUUAAUAAUUAUGUCAUAACGUGUAAUAAUAAUAAUAAAAUAUAUUGCCUAAUGAGUAUUAUUUCAUGC